GCGGAGCAGUGCACGCCGGGAGCUGUAGUUCGUACGUCGAGUGGUUGGCAGCCCCUGACUGAGCUUGGGCCGCUCCCGGAUGGCUGCCGCCACGCGCGGCUGCCCGCCCUUGGGCUCGCUCCUCCGGCUGCUAGGGCUGCUCUCAGCCGCGACUGCCUCCUGGGACCUAGCUUCGCUGCGCUGCAACCUAGGCUCCUUCUGCGAAUGCGACUUCCGGCCCGACUUGCCCGGUCUGGAGUGUGACCUGGCCCAGCACUUGGCCGGGCAGCAUCUGGCCAAGGCAUUGGUGGUGAAGUCCCUGAAGGCCUUUGUGCACGAUCCCAGCCCCACCAAACCGUUGGUUCUCUCCCUGCAUGGCUGGACAGGCACUGGCAAGUCCUAUGUCAGCUCUCUCUUGGCUCACUACCUCUUCCAGGGUGGCCUUCGCAGCCCGCACGUGCACCACUUUUCCCCCAUCAUCCACUUCCCGCACCCCAGCAACAUCGAUCGCUACAAGAAGGAUCUUAAGAACUGGGUCCAGGGGAACUUGACUGCCUGCGGCCGCUCCCUCUUCCUCUUCGAUGAGAUGGACAAGCUGCCCCCAGGCCUGAUGGAGGUCCUGCGGCCUUUCCUGGGCCCCUCCUGGGUUGUAUAUGGAACCAACUAUCGAAAAGCUAUCUUCAUCUUCAUCAGCAACACUGGUGGUGAACAGAUCAACCAGGUGGCCUUGGAGGCAUGGCGCAGCCGCAGGGACCGAGAGGAGAUCAGCCUGCAGGAGCUGGAGCCAGCCGUCUCCCGAGCCGUGCUGGACAACCCACACCAUGGUUUCUGGCACUCGGGCAUCAUGGAGGAGCGCCUGCUGGACGCCAUGGUGCCCUUCCUCCCGCUUCAGCGGCACCACGUGCGGCACUGUGUGCUCAAUGAGCUGGCCCAGCUGGGCCUGGAGCCCCGGGACGAGGUGGUGCAGGCCGUGUUGGACAGCACGACCUACUUCCCCGAGGACGAGCAGCUCUUCUCGUCCAAUGGCUGCAAAACAGUGGCCUCUCGAAUCGCCUUCUUCCUCUGACCCCAGAAUGGCAUCCUUGCCUGGCCAACCAUGCAGGAAAGGCUGGAGGGACCCUUGUCCAGAGACUGCUGGAGAGUGGGCCCCAGAGCACGCAGUCAAGAUGAAGAGGGGUAUUGGCCAGGCCAAGGACAGAUGCCGGGAAAGGCCUGGCUUCAGAACUGGUUGGAGGCGUCCUGGCCUCUGCUCACGGUCACCCUGGAACCUCACUGAGCCCUGACUUUCUCCUGCAGCCUGAGCCUUCUUAAUGUGAAUGUAACUCAGGGAUCAAGGUUCAUGGCUGUCACCCACACCCCUGGCCCUGGCACUGUACCCCACCUCACUCUACAGUCUGUGACCCCAGUAUCACAGCUCAGGCUGGGACUUCACAGUUUUCAGGAGUUGAGGGACUCAAGACGCCACCUGGGCCUCGAUUUACACGUUUUUAAUUUUUUAAAAGAAGAGAGCAAGCAUAAUAAACGUAGCCAUGGACUAGAGGAACGCUGGUCGAGGUUCCUUUUGCUUUGGAAGGACUCAGCCUCGGGUGCCUGUGGGGGCAGAAUCGUCCCUGCUCCAGCGAGAAGCAAGGGUUUCACUGAGCUUCCUCAGGGAGCAGCACAAUGACCGUGACCUCAGCAGCUUCGGUCUCACUGGGGCCCUGGCUGGGGCCCUGGCUGGGGCUGGG